UAGACCAAAAGUCAUGGACGAACAAACAUGCAGCCUUCAUUCCUGCCAUCUGCUGCUGGAUCGUCGUGACUUCUGCGCAGAAACCGAGCGCAUCUGAUUACUAUUAGUUAUUUUUAACAGACUGUCAGCAAGGAAAGGCUGUGGUCAUGCUGAUACAACACGCUGACUCAAACUCAUAUUGAUGACAGCGGUGUACAGUAACCAGAUUCUGCAGCUCUGUUCAAAGCAGGUCAGACGAGAGAAGCUUUGCUCUGUGUCCCAUUCAGGCUUGACACUCUGAGCAUAGAGUCAACCUUCCGUCUUUUGUGGUCAGAACCCCCAGUUUUGUCGUCGAAAUGGCCUCAGGACAAGGAGACCUUCCAGCACUUGAGUUUGGCAUGUCUGGCCUCUGCGCUGCCUUACCAUCUCCCACCGGAAUAGCUCGCCACAACAUCAGCUACGAUGAGCACAUGGAUACCCCCAUGCAUCACCCCCCUCAAGAUAUGACAGUCAACGCCUUCUGGAAAGACCCCGUCAUCCCUCGGAACAGGUUCAGGAACAUGGCCGAGGCAGGUGAGAACGGGGGGAAGAUAACAACAUGUGAAGCAUCAGUACCACCCAGGUCCCCAGGGCCUGUUGUGAAAGCCAAAGCCACGACACUGAUGAGCUCCCUAAUGUCAAGGACAUCCCAGGAAAACCUGCAAAGGUUUGAGCACCACGCAGGACUGACUGAGGCCGUCUAUUCCCCACAUAAAGGCCUUAAUGCUGAGGAGACCCAAUUUCACCGGCUAGCUGACGGCAAACUGCCAAAGCUGAGAAUGCCAAGCGAGGACUUGAGAGAGGACAGGCUUCCAACAUCUGCUCAGUCGACCCCCAGCUGCACCCCUUCAGUCACCCCCUCCGUCACGCCCAGCGUUACUCCCCUCUCAUCACCAGCCGUUAGCCGCAGGAACUGGUUCCAGCUGAGUUCAGCCCCUUAUCUAGCUUCUCCAGAGCCCAUCAGACCCGACCCUAGCACAGACAUGGGGGGAAAUGAGGGAGGAGGGGGAGGAUUAGAUAAGUGGAACUUCUUUGGAACCCGGUCUGUGGUGCACAAGUCCCCCACGGAUCCCGGCUCUGAAACCAGCACAGGCUUCUCACUGCAGUCCUACCUCGGCCUGCAGAAGUCCUCCACGAUGGAUGGCACCAACUCGCAGAUCAACCUGAAAGUGGAGAACCCUGCCAACUUCAUGCCCCCCAAGAUCGAAAUCUUGGACACUGAGCCCAAGCGCGUUUCUCAACGGCCACACAAACUGAAACCUCGGGACAUGAAUGUUUUAACGCCUUCGGGGUUUUGAAGCCAGAGCAGAUGUCCACCCCCCCCCUCUCUCCAUGGUAGCUCACUCACGUUCCUGUCUUCUUCUGCCUCCUCUGCUUCCCUGCAAAUUCCCCGAGGCAGAGAGGAAUGAGGACCACCGCACAGUAUUGGCUCAUCAGCCCACGGCGACGUUACACCUCCCAGCAGACCUGGCAUUUCCAUCUGUUCGUCCGUCGGUCCGUCCGUCUCCCACCUCAUUGGCACAUUUAAAUAAAUUGAAAUAAAAGGAACUGAAUAAGCGAUUUCAUUCGUGACCUUUAAGAUGCUUUGCUUUAUGACGUGUGAUUUAUCGGGAGCAUGGGAUCGAACCGGCCCGGUCCCGUUGUUUGCAACGGCGUGAGACUGGAAGUUGAAUAUCUUGUUUGAUCUUUGCAAUAGUUAGUCACUUUACCUUUUGCCUCCCAUGCUAAAACUGAACUCCCAAGUCAGCUUAAAUAACUCAGAUGCCUGUAUUGUAAUUUUUUUAUUUUAUUGAGUUGUAAUUUGAAAUAAGCUCAUAGAUUUCCUGUGAUGUCGUACUUCUCUCUGUCUGCAUGCAGAGGUACUUCAUAAUGUGUGUCUGAUAAUGUGCCUGAACUGGCAGCAUGCUUGCUUCUGGCAUAAGAGCGGGGGCUUUGUUUUUUUUUUUUUUUUUAUUAUGUGAAAGAGUGUUUGAUUCUACUCUAAAAUGUGACUGUUGUGCAUUAAUUGUUUUUAUAUCAUUUUAAUUCCUUUUAAUUUUAUAUUGUCCUGCUUAAGAUGAAUUUUAUUUUAAGGUAGUUGGUAGUAUUAAAAUUUUGGAUUUUUUUUUGGCACAGUAACCAACCACUGCAAUGCUAGAAACAAGCUAAACAGAACAUUAGCAUUGAAGUGGUCCGUUUCCAUUUUUAUUUUCAUUUCAUUUUUUUGUUUUGUUUUGUUUUUGUGUGUGUCCAAGAACUCAGCUGGGUUGUUGGAAAAAAAGUUGAACUUUUGCCAAGUAAUUGCACAAGGAAGCAAAUCUCCUACUGGCGUCUGAAUAAUAAAUCAUUCAUAACAAA